AUGGGAUUCGCAGACAAAAUUCAAAAUAAGUUCAAUAAGAAAGAUAUUGAAAACUACGACAAGCAAGGUGGUAAGCUCAUCGGUAAAGAUAACGUCUCUGGUAACUUAGAUAAAGAAACAGUUACUGGUUACGCUGACCAAGCUGAUAAGAAGGGAGGCCAAUUCCUCGGUCGUGAAAACUUAUCCGGUACCGAAGGUGGAAUUGGAAGCAAAUUUGGUGGAGGUAAAUCCGCUGAUGCUGCUGGCUCUUCGGGAGUUGGAAGUUCAGGUCAUGGUAAGGAAGCAGCAGCAGGCACAGCUGGCGCAGCCGGUGUAGGUGCUGCCGGUGCCGGUGCUUAUGGUGCUUCUCAUGGCUCUUCUCAUGGCUCUUCUGGUAAGGAUGCUUAUGGAACUAGUGGCCAAGGUUCUUCUGGAAGUGACGCUUAUGGCUCGAGCGGUCAGGGUGCUUCCGGUAGAGAUGCUUACGGAUCCAGUGCUCAAGGUACUUCAGGAAGAGAUACUUAUGGCUCAAGCGGUCAAGGUGCAUCUGGUAGUGAUGCUUAUGGUGCAUCUGGUUCUCAUGGUGCUUCUGGUACCCAUGGCUCUUCAGGAAGAGAUGCUUACGGCUCAUCUGGUACUUCUGGUGCUACUUCCGGUAGAGAUGCUUACGGUUCAUCUGGUACUUCAGGUACUACUUCCGGUAGAGAUGCUUACGGUUCUUCUGGUACACAUGGUACUUCAGGUACUACUUCUGGUAGAGAUGCUUACGGAUCUUCUGGUAACGAUACCUAUGGCUCAAGUGGUCAUGGUUCAUCCGGUAGAGAUGCUUAUGGCUCUUCUGGUAACGAUGCCUAUGGUUCAAGUGGCCACGGUUCCGGUUCUGGAUCUGGAUCUGGAGCUGGUUCUCAAAUCAAGGAAGCUGUUGCAGGUGCUGCAGGUGCUGUAGGCCUUGGUGGUGCCGCUUAUGGUGCAUCUAAGCACGGUUCUAACACUGAUUCUCACGGUACUUCUGGAACUACUUCAGGUAGAGAUGCUUACGGUUCCUCCGGUGCUUCUGGCGCCACUGGUUCCACCUCCGGUAGAGAUGCUUAUGGCUCAUCUGGUACCCAUGGUACUUCAGGUACUACUUCCGGUAGAGAUGCUUAUGGCUCUUCUGGUAACCACG